AUGCCUAAGAAUAAGGGAAAGGGUGGUAAAAACAGACGUCGUGGAAAGAACGAGAACGACAACGAAAAGCGCGAGUUGACCUUCAAAGAAGAGGGACAAGAAUAUGCACAAGUCCUAAAAAUGUUGGGCAACGGCCGCCUGGAGGCGUUGUGCUUCGACGGCGAGAAGCGACUGGCACAUAUCCGAGGAAAGCUGCGGAAAAAGGUGUGGAUCAACCAGGGCGACAUCAUUUUGCUAUCGCUGCGAGACUACCAGGACGAAAAGGGCGAUGUCAUCCUCAAGUACUCGGCCGACGAGGCGAGAUCUCUCAAGGCCUAUGGAGAAUUGCCCGAAAGUGCCAAGAUCAAUGAGACCGAUACCUAUGGUCACGAGGGUGUUGAUGACAAUGUCGAGUUCGACGAGGAUCGGGAUAGUGAUUCGGACAAGGAUGUCGAUAUCGAUGACAUCUAG